AUGGCCUUGGCUGUAUGCGGGACGACAGCCUCCUGCACGCACUUAGGGGCUCUGCUGCCCGCUCUGGUGCUGAGGGCGAGCGCCCGUCCCCAAAACCCCGGGGACCCAGGCGGCCGGGCUCUGAGGCCGGUGUCGCCCGGUCGCUCCGUCCCACAGAGCCCCGUUUCUCUCCCGACGGGCUCGGUGCCUCUUUCCGUGACGACGUCGCUGCAGCUCAACCACAGCCAGGAGGACUCGAGCCGCUGCUCAGACAACUCGAGCUACGAGGAGCCCCUGUCGCCCAUCUCGGCCAGCUCAUCCACCUCCCGCCGGCGCCAGGGUGACCGUGACCUCGAGCUGCGGGACAUGGAGCUGCCCGACAUGCACAUGCGGGACCUGGCGGGCAUCGGGCACCGGUUCCUGCCCAGCGAGCCCAGCAAGUGGAACGUGGAGGACGUCUACGAGUUCAUCCGCUCGCUGCCUGGCUGCCAGGAGAUCGCGGAGGAGUUCAGAGCACAGGAGAUCGACGGGCAGGCCCUGCUGUUGCUGAAGGAAGACCACCUCAUGAGCACCAUGAACAUCAAACUGGGCCCGGCCCUCAAGAUAUACGCCCGCAUCAGCAUGUUGAAAGACUCCUAGAGCCACCACGCUCGCACGAACGCUCCCGCUGGGGUGGGCAGUGGU